UUGGAUCCAGAGAAUUCUCCUAGAAAAAGACAAUUAAUUGAACACGGUGGUGAAUUAAGAGGUAUUACUGUCUCAGAUCAUAACCCAAAAUACGUUCCCAAUACAGGCUUAAGGGAAAAUGUGGUCAGUUACCUUAUUAAAUUUGUGUGCACUUCCAAUGAAUCUGUCAACAAGGGUGUAUUGACGCGUAGAGCCCUGGAACUUAUCAAAGAGUUCUUGCAGCCGGAAUUUUGGCCAGAGAUUAGCGUGAAGUUGAAUGUAUUUGACCGAACACUGAAGGACGCGGAAAAUCAGAACACACCUGAUAAUACAUGUAAUAGCUUAGAGGUGCUUAACAUAAUUCUGGAGAGGAAGUCGACUGAUUGGUGUCUUGCUAACAUUAUGCACCUACAGCAAUUGUUAAAGCAUAACGCUUUCAUCAAAAUGAUAAAUACUACGAUUCAAGAAGGACUUCAAACUGGGAAUAAUUUAUAUAGCAUAAUGAUGCUCUCAAAAGCUAUGGGCAGUUCAAUUCCAAAGAACAUUGAUCCGUUUAUGGCGGAAGUCAUUUUGGUAGUGCAGAAACUUACAAAAGAAGUCAUAAACUCAAAUCAGAACGCUCCUUCAAAUGCUACCAUUACUUCUAGCAACGCUCAACAACCCGAUUCUCCAAUCAGUGUUCUUAUCAUGGCGUUACAAAUUGUAGACUCGCGUAUUUCCGACUUGAACGAACCGAGACCGGUCUUUCUCACGUGCCUCGCCCAACUUGUGGAAAAGACAAAAGAUAAUGAGCUUUUACGAACUAUUUUCGGCAUG